AUGGGUAAGCUUAACCUUCCACCUGUGCAGAAGACCGGCAUUGCUGCUGGUAUUAACAAGGGACAUGUCACUACUCGCAAACAACUGGCUCCCAAGCCUGUCAACAAGAAGGGCGUUCUUGGAAAGCGUACCAAGUUUGUCCGUGAUCUUGUCCGUGAGGUUGUUGGAUUUUCUCCUUAUGAGAAGCGUGUGAUGGAAUUGCUCAAAAACUCCAAGGACAAGCGUGCUCGUAAGGUUGCAAAGAAGAGGCUCGGAACUCUCCGUCGCGCAAAGCGAAAGGUUGAAGAGCUCAGCAACGUCAUUGCAGAGUCUCGUCGUGCUGCCCCUGCAGCCCACUAAAGAGAAAUAGUAGUCACU